AUGAACAAGUAUAACAUAGACAUAUGCCUUCUGUGUGAGAUUUUCAACUUCGCCGAUGAUAAUUCAAAUGCUCGUUUCAUAAAUCACAACAUACUGAUGAAGAAAAGGAGUAACAACAGCUUUGGAGGUGUUGCCAUCAUGGUAAGCAAACAUAUUUCUAUAACACAAGUGCCUUUUUCAUCUUCCUUGGAAGUAAUAAUUUGCGAAACAAAAAACUUAUCAAAAAACCUCACUUUAGCAUCAGUUUAUGUACCACAAUCAGUGAAAGCCAAACAAUUAGAAAUUGAGAUGAAAAAACUACUAAUCUUUCUAGACACCAAACAAAAUGUCAUACUUGGCGGUGACUUCAAUGCGAGAUCUCAAUCUUUUGGCGACUCUAUCAAUUCUCCACGCGGAAAUUCUAUCAGGGCAUUGAUUGAUGACUCAGGAUUUCAUCCUCUCAACGAUGGAAACAUCACCUUUAAGGCAUCACUUGUAGAUCCCCACUGUCAUGGAUCAGUACUCGAUUUAACAUUCACCAAUACCUUUCUCAAUAUGGAAUGGAAUGUCAUGCAGUCAACCAUUGGAGCACAAGCUAUUAAACAAUUUCAAAAGGAUGUUAAAAUUGCUAAAAGAAAAUCAUUUGUAGAAAAAACUGAAGAACUUAACAAUAUACCUGGUACUAAGUCCUUUUUUAGGUUCAUAAAUGCAUGCAGAUCUUCUUCUAGUCAUAACACACACUCAAAAUGGAACCCUAACAACAACCUAGCAUUUCUGGAACAUCUCAAGGGUCAAGCAACCUGCCAAAUAACGUUACCCAAUUUUACUAUGGAUGAUCCCUUUACAAAUGCUGAACUCUUAGCUGUCUUACUCAAUAAAACUAAAUCUUCUGCGGCUGGUCCUGACAAUAUUUCUUAUGAGAUGUUGAGAAGUCUCUCAACAACUGCCAAACACUCUCUAUUGUUGGCUUUCAACAAUCUGUGGAAACAGUGUGUAAUUCGUGACUCCUGGAGACAAAUUCGCAUCGCUCCCAUUCCAAAGGUGAAUAAGGACUUGGACAAUUUCACAAAUUUUCGACCUAUCGCACUAAUAUCUGUUUUAGUGAAAACCAUCAACCUAAUGCUUAAGGAGAGAAUUACCAACUUCUUGUCCGAGAAUAACAUACUUCCAAUGAGAUCUUAUGCAUAUCGCAAGCACCGGUCUGCUUCGUGUUGUAUUAAUGAUCUUUUACAUGCAAUUACCGUCGCAAAGGAAGCCAACUGCAAGGUUACUCUUGUUACACUUGACAUAUCAAGGGCAUAUGACUGUGUGAAACUUGAUACUCUACAUGCAACUCUUGGUGAACUCAACAUGCCACUUCAUUGGACAUCUUGGAUCUAUGAAUUCCUCCGCCAUCGUGUACUGAUUCUUGGCAAUAGCAAAAUUGACAUUUUUAAUGGCCUACCACAGGGCAGCUGCUUGAGUCCACUCCUGUUUAACAUCUAUACUUUAAAAUUACACCAAAUUGCUGAUGAGGACACACAAAUUUUUCAAUUUGCUGAUGAUUUUGUAAUUAUGUCCACUCACCGUGAUUUUGAUACCUCUGUUCAUCGUCUGCAAAACAAACUGAACCUUUUUCAUGAUAUCUCUAAAUCGCUUAAUCUCCAUAUAAAUUAUCAAAAAACUGCUGCUCUAUAUAUGGCUAAAGGUACUAAGCGCAAUGUUUCAGUUUUCUUUAACAACAAUCCAAUAAUGAAUGUCAACUGUUUCAAAUUUUUGGGCAGAUAUAUUAAAAAUAGUUUAUCGCUCAAGGAACAUUACGAUUCUGUUGUCGAAAAAUCCAAAGCUGCUUGCAAUGCUAUCAAAAUGGUUACUUCCUUUAAAGGUGGUCUGAUGCCAAACAUUGCGAUAAAUCUCUCCAAGUCCCUUGUCUUUUCGAAGACUGAAUAUGCAAGAUCCUCAACGGCUCAUGCUCCCAGGAGUCUGGGUCUUAAUCCAUCAACGCCUACGCACAUCAUUUAUGCCUUAUCUCUCACACUACCACCUUCUCAGAGAGCUCUCUACUUAGCCGCUAAGGAACUUUUAAAAAUGAAAAUGUUUAAUCCCGAGUCGUACCGUCUCAUUGCCCAAAACCCAACAAGAAAAUCAAGUCUAGGCCACACUUAUCUACUCUUCAAAAAUAUCUUCGAAAACACCUGUACGGACAUUACACCCAUGGUGUCUGCAAAGAUCUCCAUAUCCCUAAACAACUUUCCUUCAUCAAAAAACAACACCCCUAUUGAGGUCAUAAGAUCGUUUUUCUGUGAAAAAAUACAUCAUCUUAAAAGCGAAGGAUACGCAAUUUUUGCCACUGAUGCCUCUGUGAUGCCUGACAGCACUGGCUGCGCAGUGUGUAACAUUUCCUGCAACCACAACUUUAUGUUUAGAAUUCCCAACAAAGUUUCCUCUUUAACUGGAGAACUCUACGCAAUUGACAAGGCAAUCGAUAUCAUCAUAGAAGAUGGCUAUUCCCAAUCAGCAAUUUUUACUGACAGCAAAAAUGCGUGCCUAUUACUCAGACACAACACUUCCUUCAAUUUUCUUGUUUCAAAAAUCAUAAAAAAGAUUGAAAAUUCAAAUCUAAAUUCCAUUCUAUUCAUCUGGACACCAGCACAUGUCGGUAUACCUCCCAACGAACUGGCGGAUUACUUUGCUAAGCAUGCCGCCUCCGCUGGCUGCAUUAUAAGACCUCAGCUCUCCCUAAAGGAUGCUUAUGCGGAAAUUUAUAAACUCCUUUGGAAUCAAUGGGACAUGGAAUAUAAAACUCAACAAUCUGGAAGGUGCUUCCAUGAACUGUUCCCAGAAUUGCCGAAAUCUCACUGGUUCAGUAAUAGUAAUCUUUCGAAAUCUCAAAUUAAAAUUAUCAACAGACUUUUAACUGGUCAUACAUUCAACAAGCCAUACCUCAAAAUGAUUGGAUCAAUAGCCUCAGAUCUAUGCGAAAUUUGUAAUGUAAUUGACGAUGAUAAUCAUGCAAUUUUUCAUUGCACCAAAUUCAAUUAUCAAAGGCAAGGGUUUGCCUUCUUCAGUAACUACAAUAGUCUAAUGGAUUUGCUGAAAACCAAGAAACUCACUCUAUACAAAGAGCUUUUAAGCUUUAUAAACAUAUGUGAUAUUGAAUUGUAA